GAAUAUGAAAACACAUCAUGGACUUUUUUAACCUGAACGAGUAAGGUAUUUUCAUAUUUACGAUUUUAUUUUUGUUAAUUAUUUUUAGUUUUAUUUAAUUUAAUUUUUCAAAGAGGACACCCCUAUGGAAAAUUUCUAGGUCCGCCACUGGAUGGUAUAGAGUAUGGCUAAAUUGCAAGUUUGGUCACUUGAAUUACUAGUAAAUUUCACGUUAGCCACUAGAAUUACUUUAUUCCAUUUGUAGUCACUUAAAUUGGGCUAACAGUCCAAAUUUAGUCACUGACCGUUAGUCUCCGUUAACUUUUGCUGAUGUGGAGGUCAAGUCUAAUAGUUGACCGUUAAAUAAGUGACGUGGCAAUUAAAAAAUUAAUAAAAAAUAAAAUAUUUUUUUUUUCUAAUUUCCAACUCAUUUUUACACCCAUUAAAAAAAAAGUCUCAUCAAUUUUUUUCCCCUUCCCUUCCUUUCCCUUUCCUCUCCUCAAGGACAAAACGAAAUUAAGAGAUAACUGUUGCAUGCUUCCACCACCAAAAAUUCUCUCCUUCCUCUGACCAAUUCCUCGAUGCCUUCCUCUCCAUCAAAGCUUACCUCUCUUCCUUCCCUUUCCUGAACUUCCACCCCUGACCAACAAUUCCCCAUGAUUCCCGAGGUUGACGCGAUCAAGCAUCCAUGGAAGAUGAAACACAGCACAAAAGCACCCAACAACUCACUUCCUCGUUUCUCCACCUCCGACGCCGAAUCACCGCUUAUAGAACAUACCAGCUCGGGUCCAAGAUCGAGGCGGAGAUUCAGGUGUAUUUCGAUCGGGAGCAGAUUCAGAAGCUUGCGAGGACGCUCCAAUUGACGGAGGGUGAGGAGGAAGGUGAAGAGGCAGAGGAGGAGAAAAUUAGGUUACUUGAGGAGUUUGAGGAGUGGUUAGGUACGGGAUUCGAUAGCGAGUUAUAGGAAUCAAUUCUGAAAGCGAAACUCUUCUCGAUCCUCGAAUCACAACUGUGCGAAUCGGAUCGGUGGCCGACGACCAGAGUCAAGGAACGCGUGGCACGAGCCAUCGUCGGGUUGGUCCGGUUCAACAAGGACGUGCUCGUCGGCCUGGUUCUAAUGGGCCCGACGGUUCACCGGAAUUCCUCUCCUUCCUCUGUUGAUAUUGGUUCCGCGAUGAACCGGAGGAGAAGAUAUCGUCCUUGUUGAGCUCGCUGUCCUCUGCGGCAGUGGCGGCGGAGUGGUGGAGAAGAAGGCGUCGAGGAAUCGGUCAGAGGAAGGAGAGGAUUUCCGGUGGCGGAAGCUUGCAGCAGUUAUCUGUGAAUUUCGUUUCGUGCAUGAGCAGAGGAAAGGGAAAGGAAGGGCAAAAAAAAAUUGAUCGGAUAUUUUUUUUUUCAAUGGGUGUAAAAUGAGUUGGAAAUUAAAAAUAUAUGAUUUUUAAUUUUUAUUAUUUUUUUAAUUGCCACAUCAUUCAUUUAACAGUCAACUAUUAGAGUUGACUGACACAUCAGCAAAAGUUAACGGAGACUAACGGCCAGUGACCAAACUUGGACUGUUAGCCCAAUUUAAGUGACUACAAAUAGAAUAAAGUAAUUCUAAUGGC